AUGGAGACAUUAAAAGUGGCAAUUUUUGGAGCAAACGGUAAAACAGGCCGUUUAUUGAUUGACAAGAUAUUGAAAGAGCUCCAAAAGAGGGAAGGUGAUCAUGUUUGGCAACAUCCCAUUGGCAUAGUCCGAAAUGAAGAGCAGAAGGUUCAAUUGAGUCAGGAACUUGAUAUUGAAUGUGCUGUAAUUGAUUUGGAGACGUUUACUGUGAAACAAAUUUCUACGAUUUUAGAGGAUUUGGGAGUUAAUGCUGUAGUUUUUGCAGCUGGUGCAGGUGCAAGAGGUGGCAUUGCUGAAUUGUUUACCGUGGAUUUGGAUGGUUGUGCUAAAGUGGUGGAAUCUUGUGAAAUUGUAGAUAUUGAAAGAUUUAUUCAUAUAUCUGCUAUGAAUAUUGAAGAUAGAGAAUUUUGGUGGAGUUUGGAAGGAUUGAAAUGUUAUUUUAUCGCAAAGAGAUCGGCUGAUCAUUUCGUUAAGGAAUCUAAGUUAAAUUUUACGAUUCUACAACCUGGAUUUUUACUGGUUGGGGCAGGUACUGGUAAAGUUUUACCUUAUGAUAGAUUAGAUGAGAGGAAAGUGGAAGGAUAUACUAUCCAAAGGGAAGAUUUAGCCAGUAUCAUUGUUCAAUGUCUUUUGCAUCCAAAGCAAACUUCAAGAAAAACAAUAGGUAUAGCAAACGGUGAUCAAACAAUUAAAGAUUUCAUUGGAAGUCUAUAA